AUGUGGCGUAGGAAGUAUGAUCUGCCACACGCUCAAUCUUCCACCUGCCGGCACGCAAUCACAGCGACCGAUCUCGUCGGGUGCCACGAGCACUCGGGUGACGUUGCGCCGGCCGAAGAACGCUCUCGAAGCUCGCAGCGCGUUUCCGCUGUCAGCCCGCAAUUCGGCUCGGAUGCAUGCUUACUCGGAGGUGCUGAAACGGUGAGCCGAAGGUUGGAAGAUUGCGCUGCCCUCGCAUGCGCUAUCGCCGUUCUGCUGCUUACAGGCGAUUUACAGCACGCCCAGAGCGCGCAGGCACCCCAUAAUUUGCCAGCGGUAUGUCAGCGACAUACGGAACAUUGUGGUGUUGCACCUUUUGCACGAGAGCGCGAGCGCGGCGAUGCGCAGGGCGCGCUCGCAGGCGCCUUGCCUUUAUGGACUCAAAGCCUUCCCAAAAGGGAAGGCCUGCCUUUGACUCGAACCGCGGUGUCGACGUCUGGCACCGCCGCCCUCCGACCCUCCGUCCUCGUCGCAACUUGUCAAGCUUCCGAACAUUCCAUAGACCACACCCUCCUGCUUGCAUCGGCACGCCCUGCACAGUCCCCGCAAUUCAAGAGACUUCAACGCGCCGCGGACAUCCACGCACAGACCGACACUCAGCGCCUCGAGGCCUUCUUCCGCCGACCCGCGACUGUCAUCCGACCCCUUCCGACCUGCUCUGGCGCCGACCUACGCGCUGAUCGCACCCUCGCCAGCUAUCCGACGCGGGGGGAGGUACAUAAGGCGGGAGGUGGGGAGGUUGGCAGGCAGAGCUCGAUGCUCUUCCGGAUCCUUUCCCCCUCGACUGCCUCGACUGCCUCCUCCUCCACUGCUGGCCUGCCCGCCGCCGUCUGCUAUCAGGUUCGUCCAGCUUGGCGUCGUCGGUGGUAUAUAGACCUCCCUACGCCCUUUGUGUCUGUCCUUACAUCGAUUCCAUCGAUGCGAAUAUAUUGUUACUUUCCCCAAGACAUUGUUUGCCUGAUUGCGAGCGCAAACGUUGGGUUACGGGCACGGGUCUUGCCUAGGCGACGUGCUCGUGCUCAAUUGUUUGAUUUCGAUAUCGCGCUGGCUGUCCAGACGCGCCCGCGUCUUCUCCCUCGCCGUCAAGCGCACUCUCCCCUCGCCUUCAAGCUUGUCCUCGCCUUCAACCGCCGCCUCGCACUUCAGCGCAUCUUCAACCUCGAGCACAUCCCCACCCUCGCUUUCAAGCCCAACCUCCUCGUCCUCAAGCUCAACCUCACCCCCACCACCCCGACCAGAUGA